GGCGGUUAUCUUAUCGCCUCUUGUCUUUCAGGGGGAACAAUCAGGAUCUUUCAAAGUUUCGUAUAUAAAGUUUGGGAAGUCUUCUUCAUAUUGUUCUUUAUCGUCACGUGGUGAACGUGGUUACUCUUCUUUGUUAUUGUCUGUUGAUCGCACAUUUUUCGGUCGAGAAGGUCUUCUCUACUGGUUUUUUUUUUUACAAUAAUGGACGAGACUAAACUCGAGAGACUACGUCCGGCAGGAUAUCUAGAGAAAUACUCGAUCGUGCGCCAUCCGCUCGGGUUCUACUACAAUGUUGGCGUCACCGCCACCUACACGCUUCCUGAGACAUUCACGCUCCCGCUCCGGGAUUAUGUAUACAAGGCAUGCGAGACUCUGAUCAGCCGGCAUCCCGUGCUGUCGACGAUCCCCGUAAACGAGGAGUCCGACGAGUCGUACUUUGCGCGCCUUCCGGAGAUCGACCUCCGCCAACCGGUCAGCUUUCACAAGCGCUCGCGCGCGUUCCCGGACGGGGACGCGGCUGAUCCCGAGCUGGAUGAAUUCCUGCAGACGCAGCACAGCACGGGGUUCACGACGCCCGGGGCGCCGUAUUGGCGCCUCGCAAUCUUCACGGACGAUGCGUCCGACCGACGGUUCACAGCCGCGUACAUCUUCCACCACGCGCUGGGCGACGGCACGUCAGGCAAGGUCUUCCAGGAGACGUUCCUCGAGGCGUUGACGGCCGCGGGCUCGGAAUUGACGGCGCCCGGCGAGGCGAAGCUGAUCGUAGCCACGCCGGUGGGCACGCCGCUCCUGCCGAACCUGGAGGCUGCGCAUCCCUGUAGCUUCUCCUAUUUGUUCCUCCUCAAUGCGCUUCUUAAGAUGAAGUUCGGCUCGCGGGAACGCGGGCUCUGGACCGGGGCGCCAAUCUUCACCCCGCUGGAGGCGCAGGCCCGCCAUAUCGUCAUCCCUGCGGCGGUGUCGGCGGCGUUCCGCCAGAACUGUCGCCAGAAUAACGCGACCGUCACGGCGGCCGUGCAGUCGGCCAUGGCGCAUGCGCUGUUCACGCAUCUGCCGCAGCAAUACACGAAGCUGCGGCUCACGGGGGCCAUCUCCGUGCGCAAGUGGCUCACCCAGGAGAUCCCGGAGAAGUCGCUCGGCGUCUGGGUGAUGGACUUUAUGGAGAACUACUGCCGCAGGCGCUUGCCCGCCGACGUGAAUGCUUUCCCUUGGAAGGAGGCGGAGCGGUCGCGGCAGACAAUCGAGAGGGUGGUCGCGCUGAAGGGCAAGAACACAGGCGUGAACCUCCUCAGGUUUGUGACCGGGUUUGCCGACUUUUUUCGGUCGAAGCUGGGGAAGCCGCGUGGCGAGAGCAUCGAGCUGUCGAAUAUUGGAGUAAUGGGGUCGUCGUCGGACGCGGCGGCCCAUGGGCCUUCGAAACCUCAGAUGGGUCGCGUGGUCUUCUCGCAGAGUCCGAACGCUGCGGGCGCCGCGAUUGUGGUGUCGGUCAUCUCCGGGGGUGAUGGGUGCUUGGUUCUAUCGUUUGGGUGGCAGAAGGGCGUUGUGGAACCGGAGUUGGUUUCAGGCAUGAUUGAGUCGGUCGAGAAAUUGGUACACCUUGCGGCGCGGUGAUUUGAUUGUGGGGAGGACUUCUGAUCUGGUUUUCUAUCAUGGCAUGUGACAGUACGCCGCUGCGGAGGAUAUGUGCACAAUAUCUAGUGACAAUCACUGUUAAUACUAAUG